AUGUCCGUAGCUGUGCUUAGGCAACAGAUGGACGAUAGCAAUCAUGAGUUGGUAAACAUGCUGACUAACCAAAUGGGAACUGUCUUUAAUCCUAUAGUGCAGGAAUCAGCAGAGUCGAAUAGACAGACGACCGGUCGACAACCUCCUCAAGCUCAUAGGAAGGUGAUUGUGCACACACCUACAAAAGACGAUUCAUUGGAUGAAGAAACAGUACCACUGAAUCAAAUCCCCAGGUGGCGACCAAAUCAAGGUGGAGUACGAGGGAGACAACAGGUUGUGAUGGUGGGUCGACAGCAGGAUGCUGAUCAAUUUAUUGAGCAGUAUCAACAGGAAGAAGUAGCCAUGGAGAAUAACCUUACUACAAUGAUCGAAAGGAUUAUGGCUAGAAACGGAAUGAAUACUCCAUUACAAAGUCCGACAUAUUCCUCCCCGUUAGCUGAAUACAUUGUACAGACAGAGAAUCCUAGGGGCUGGAAAAUACCUAAGUACACCAAAUUCAGAGGUGAAACUGGGGAAUCGACGGUCGAGCAUAUUGCUAGAUAUUUGACUGAAUCAGGGGACAUGGAGAAUAACGAAAGCCUUAGAGUUAAACAUUUUCCAUCGUCUCUUACAAAGGCAGCGUUCACUUGGUUCAUUUUCCAACUCUGUCGACUCAUAGCCAAAAUUGGAAAAUCUUUUCCAUGA